UGUCUUCUUCCCACAGAAAAGAAUCGAUCCAUUGUGACUACAGCGGAGGACGCGCUGCGGGGCUGUUUACAUAAAGUGUACUGGCGUCCCGUGACGUCACGCAUCCUGAAAAUGGCAUUUAACAACAUUGUCAUCAACCAAGUCGAAGACAAAUGUGAUUCAUUUUGAUCCUCAUCCAGCAGUUCGGACGUUUCUUCUUCCUCAGGACACAAGUUUCUGAACAAGCAAGUGCUAAGAAGAAACGUGGACCGAAACAGGAAGUUGGACAACAAUUCCACACAGACGUCGAAUAGAGAGCGAGCGCUUGGCAAUGAACUGUGAAAGGAAGAGGAGUGGCUUCCAGAUCACCAGUGUGACCCCAGACUCGGGUCACACCUCAAUCUCAAGCCAACCAGCUCCUGGCAUGAUCCUGACUGUUAUCCAAUCAACAACCACGUCCAGCAGUCCUGGAGGGAGCUCUUCUCAGCCCACGACACCCUCCCUGAAGAGGAAAUACAUAUCCCAUGAUGCCUUAGUGCACGGAGGCUCAUCGUCAAGGUUCAGACUGGUGCGGCUGGCGGGGAGCGGUUCUAGUAUCAGAGGACACGGCGACACGUAUCGUCGUGGCCGAUGGAUGUGCACAGACUUGGUGGAGCAAUCGCAAGGGGUGGGGUUGAAGUCCGUCAUGGACAGCAUUAGACACGCCCACUCACUGGAGUCGUUGGAUUCAAUUAGCCGCGAAACAGGAAGAGGACUCCAUUUACAACGUCGUGAAGUCAGAGGUGAUGAGAAGGCGGGAUUAUUAGUGCACGGGGCGCCAGUCCCAAUUGUGGUCAAACUCCCGGAGGAUAAUACUUCAGACUCGACCCCUCCUGCGCCACAGCGUGCACAAAACAUCCCUCCUUCGUUACAGCUGUCCAUAAGGGGGGAGUCUGUCCUCAGGCUGUCUCGCUCUCAGCCAAGCUCGCCCCCUCCUGAAUCGGUCCAUCUAACCCCUGUUCAGGCUCCAGCGGCCUUUGGCCUUGACCAGAGUCUCUUCAGCCUUCCUGCACACAUCAGUAGUUGCAGUAGUAGUGUCGUUGCCAUUGACAACAAGAUUCAACAGGCAAUGGACCUGGUGAAGAGUCACCUGAUGCUGGCUGUGCGGGAGGAGGUGGAGCUUCUGAGGGAGCAAAUCAAAGAGCUGCAAGAGAAGAACCAGCAGCUGGAAGCCGAGAACCACAUUCUGCGCACACACAAACCCACACACAUUCGGACAUCGUCACCACGCUAACAAGCGGACAAGAUGGAGAAAUGAACACUCGUCCAUCUAAAGAGGGAGUGGUAAGGUGAUCGUGACAGCACAACUCCUGUUCUUUCUGUCAAAUAAACAAAAAAUGGUUGAUUUCUGUUAAAACUGUGGAACUGUGGAAGCUUUCAGACAAGGCAACUUGUGUAUAAAUUGUGCGUUUAUGCAGAGCUGACAUGCUCUGUACAAAAUGUGGAUUUACACAAAAAGUGGGAAUUUUGGGGAUGUGGAAAAUAAAUAGCUUGAAUGAGCUGAAUGUUUCGCUGUUGGAAUGAUUUGAAUCCGUUGAGAAAUGUGGAAGUAUUGUAACAAUACUUAAGAUUAAAAAAAAAUGAAUGUUCUAAUAUGGAUGUCCUGAAUGCGCGGAAUGUUUUCAUGUUAGAAUAG